CGUGUCUCUGGAGACAGAUCUGCGCUCUGUUGCUCCACACCGAGGCUCAGGGCGCCUCCAGCGCGCACACACACACGGGGACGGCUACACCUGCUCUGCUGCGCGGCCCAGACCACACUCUGAGAUCGCGCUGGUCUUUGGGGGAAAAUGAAACUUGAAGUUUUCUCUGCGCACCACUUUGCGCAAAAGCCGCUGGAGUUGUGCGUGGACGCUGAGGGGGGAGUCCCGUCGCCUCUGUCCGGCGACGAGCUGGGCUCGGACGGGGACUGUGUGGCGAACAGCCCGGCGCCCGUCAGCCAGGGCGGCGACGGCAGCAAGGGGAAGCCGUACACGCGCAGACCCAAGCCCCCGUACUCCUACAUCGCCCUCAUCGCCAUGGCCAUCCGGGAGUCCGGCAGCGGCCGCCUCACGCUGGCAGAGAUCAACGACUACCUGAUGAAGAAGUUUCCCUUCUUCCGCGGCAGCUACACCGGCUGGAGGAACUCGGUGCGCCACAACCUGUCACUCAAUGACUGUUUCCUCAAGGUUCUGCGGGACCCGUCCAGGCCCUGGGGCAAAGACAACUACUGGAUGCUCAACCCGCACAGCGAGUACACUUUCGCUGACGGGGUGUUCCGUCGCAGGCGGAAGCGCAUCGCUAAGAGGCACCCCAGGGAGCAGGAGGGCGCGCACGCGGGCGACGACACGCGCCUCCCCGCCCCGGAGGACGCGGCGGGGGCCAAGUUCUCCAGCUCCUUCGCCAUCGACAGCAUCCUCAGUACACCGUUCAAGCGGAGGGAGGACACCCACGGCGAGGCGGACGCCCACGCGCCCCGGAUCUACUGGCCCCCACCGGCCCACGUCCUGCCCUACACCCUGAACUACCCGGCACAACACGCGUACCUGUCCGAAGGGGCGUUCGGCAGCUCGGAGCUCAGCUACCGCCAGCAGGCGGCGGCGGCGGGCGGGGACGCCGCGCCGGAGGCGGCGUUCAGGGUGCCCAGCAAGGUGCGAGCUUUCCACAUAGACUCCCUGCUGUCGUGAAGCAGCCGGCCUGACGUCAGACUCGUGCGUCGUGACCAUGAUGUGCACUUUUGCUUCCAGUGCUUCACCGUGACUACUGUCAUUUUGCAGAGAAAGACGUAACUGUGCGACGGCUGCGCAAACAGCUGCCGUCAUUGCAGGACAUUCCACAGUGGGUGCGUGUGCGUGUGUGACCUGACUGCGUGCGUGCGUGCGUGCGUGCGUGCGUGUUGUAGAUGUUUAGAUAGUGUUUGUAUUCAUGUAUCCAUGGUUCACUUGUCAUUUCUACUGUAUGACGGCAACCACGCGCCAUGUUGAAACAUAAAACUAUUAAUCUAUUUAUAUGUCAUGUUUUGUAUGAGCUGCUGUAUAAAAUGUUGUAUAUAUAAAAACAGUGACUGCGCUGCGGUGGGAAUGACGUGGCUGCACUAAACGCAUGGUUUUACCGAGAUGGAUUCAUGCAUGCCUGUAUUUUUAUGAAUAAAACAGUGAAACGACGGGA